AUGACAGCAACUUUGUCACAAGAUCCUUUAGAGAGAUUCUUUUCUGUAAUGCGACAUUCGUGUGGAGGAAACGACCACCCUGAUCCAAAAAUGUUUGCACAAGUGUAUCGUUUGGCUUCUUGUUUUUCUCUCGUACGUCCUCCAAAAGGAUGUAAUGUAUCAGGGAAAGACCUGCUAAAAACUUUAUUAGGAGCUCAAGGAAUUUUAACUUCUCCCAAUAAAGACAAGGAAAUAUGGCUUCAAAAUAUUGAUAUUAUGGUUGAAAGAUCUGAACCAUUAUUAGAAGGUUCUUUAAUCGAUGAAGACCACGAUUACAAUGAGGCUGUAACCAGCGAUGCCGUUCAAUCAUACAUUGCUGGUUACAUAGUCCGCAAAUUGCGAAACACUACGAAGUGCGUGAAUUGCUUACAAGCUUUACAAAUGAAAGCGGGAGAUGGUAGACAGUUACAGAGAAAUGAUGUCAUUAAUAAAAUGGAUUUAUAUGGUGGACUCAUAUAUGCAAGCAAUGAAUUAUUUGAUUUAACGAAACAAUUAGAAAAUACAAGUAGUUACGUGACCGUGUGGCGUGUUCAUACGGUCGGUUCAUUGCUGUUUUGGAUAAAUUUCUUCCUACCUACUAAAAUGGGUUUGUUGGCCGCUCUCGCUGUUAACAUUGUCGGUGGAGCAGUAAUUUAUGGAACUGGUGGCAUUGGAGCCCCAUUAAUAGCACCGUUGCUGGGUUUCAGCAGCGGCGGCAUCGUGGCUGGAAGUACUGCCGCUGCUGCCCAGGCGUACUACGGCAACGUUGUUGCUGGUAGUAUAAUUUCCCAACUUACAUCAAUAGCAAUGGUGGCACCUACGCUAUAA